AGGGGAGGUGGUUAGAUGGUAAAAGCGAAGUGCUGGCAGAAAGACGAGAAGUUUGCUCGUCGAUUAAGCUUCCGCACUGCGUUUGUGGAUCUUUGAAUUACGUGCCAAGCUGGAGGCUGCGCUGAAGGACGAAUAGAAGUGGAAGAGGAGGAAGAAGAAGAAGAAGAAGAAGAAGAAGAAGAAGUAGUAGAAGAAGUAAAAGUAGAAGAAGAAGAAGAAGAGGAGGAGCUAGUUAGUAUCCUCUUUGUCGUUCAUACGCGCAUCUCUACACCCUCUUCUUUUCGUUAAUGUCAAGACGAAUGAGUCUUAUUAGUGUGGUGCAACGAUACGACGCAGUAGACGAGGAAUCACCGGGCUCGUCCACGAAGAAACUGACGGUUUCACCGUCGGAAACCGAAAAGAAUUUACCUUUGGAAAUACCAUUGGAAUCGAAGAUAGAAAAUCCUGUUUAUCCUUUGACAGUGACAUCCAAUCGAGGGGAAAUAUAUCCAGGGAUUAUCGAACAAAAAAGAGAUGACAAACCGUUAAGGUGUCAAGUAGAAAAAACCUUUUCUCGUAUGUCAACAGGCGAAAUCCUGGAUCCUUACGAUUUGAAAAAGGAACGAAAGGAGAUUCUUUAUGAUACGCGUUUGAAAAAUAACGAGAGCAUCAUCGAGAAACAGUUGUCAACGGCGAUACCCCUCGACAAGAUAUCUUACGAUCUUGAAAAAGGAUCGGAAUUGCAUAUAGAAAGGAUCGCUAAGGAAUUCGAAGAUUCAAAAUGGAGGAAUGCGUCGUCGUCUCUUAGCUCGGAUAACGUCAGGAUACCGUCCAGUCCGGAAGAGACGUCGGAUUCGGAGAUAAUAGAGGUACGAAAGGACAGUGCAUUAUUUCUCGAGGAGGCCGAGGGUUUCGAUCAACGUGAAUUUGCAAGAAGGUAUAGCUCGUUGAGAUUCUCAAGGCCACGUAGAGAAAGCAGCGGAUACUCUAGUAAUCUUGGUACAUUCGACGAGGACAGAAGGAACUCGACUAACGUCGACAUCCUACAAGAUUUAUUAAAGGAAAGACGUAGAUCAUCGGCGAAACGUAACAAUUCACGAUUUGGAGAAGACGAAUCUCGUUACUCAAUCGUCCCGAGCAAUAACAAUAACGUUUUAGAAAGGAUGCCGACUACUGAGAUCCAUAGGAAGCUUUCGAGCUCGGGUUUGGAUAUGCCUGACAUCGAAGAAGUUAAAGAACUUGUUAAGGACGAUUCAACUUCGUCCUUAUCGCAGGAAAAUCUUGAUGGAAAUCUUGUCGAUCGUGAAAACCAGCAAUCUCGAAAUCCGUCGAUUCCUUCAACAAACGAGACUUCUACCAUUACUAUCACUACUACUACUACUACUACUACUACUACUAUUACAACUACAGCUACUAGUUCGUGCGAUAAAUCCUUCGAAUCGGAUAAUUGUCGUACGAUGGAAACGACAGGACGUACAAUUGUUUGCGAUCCUUACGAUUCGACGAGUUUAAAAGAGGCCAUUGCGGUAUUGGUUACAAAAAGGGAUGAAGAUGUUAAAUCUAAUACGACAAUAAAAAGUGAAAAUCGCGAAAGGGAAUCGAACAACGAUAGGAAAACUUUUGAAAGGGUUCGUGAGGAAUCAAGAUGCGAAUCCUCGAAGGAUGAGAAUAAAAGUGGGAUGGAAAAUGAGGGAAGAUACGAUAGAAGAGAAAGGAGUAGAAUGAAAUCGAUCGAGAUCGAGAAUCGGGAGUCAAAUAUGACGGAUAUUUUUUCAAGGUCGGCCAAAGUUUAUCGUUUUAUAUCAACGCAAUCGGAGGACCAAGUGGACGAGAGAUUGGAGGACAUAGAUGUUUGUUCGCAAGAUCGAAGGAUCUCGUUGCAGAUAACAGGAAGAGCAGGAGCAGGAGGAGGAGGAGGAGGAGGAGAAGGAGAAGGAGGAGGAGGAGAAGAAGGAGCUAGAAGAGAUGACGAGGAGAAAAGGAAAGAGGAAUCGAGGGAGCCGAUUUUUAAAUUAUCUGAGUAUAGAUCGAGUACGACGAAUGUCGUCGAGUCAACGUGUACGAGAAUCGUACGAAGAUCGAUCGACGACGAUAAGGGAAAUGAUGCUAAUAAUAUCGAACGAGUCGUCGUUUCAAGGAACGUAUCUGAAGUUACCGCUUUAGCUGCACCAUCGUCAUUUAGAAAAUUGUCCUCUUCCAUUGGCGAGCUAAGUUAUGGUGGUGGUUGUGGUAGUACUACUAUUACUACUACUGCUACUACUACUACUGCUGCUACUACUACUACUACUACUACUACUACUACUACUGCCACUACUACUACUCUUCAUCGUGUACUCCCAGACGUUGCUCCUGUCUCGGUCAGACCUAUAUAUCCUUAUUGUCCUUAUUCUCCUUACGGUAGUCCCCAGGGAUCGCCGAGGAAUCGGAGGAGACCUCUCAGGGAGAGUAGGAGAGUUUCCAUCGAUAACACUCAAGGUGGAUUACAGUUGAACCAGUACAGAUUGUUGGACAAUAUCGGACAGGGUUCAUACGGUAUCGUAAAGUUAGCUUACAACGAGGAAGACGAUACCCACUAUGCGAUGAAGAUAUUAAGCAAAAGGAAACUGAUGAAGAAGGCUGGUAUUUUCGGUAGAAUGGCACCCGGUAGAAAGGGUACCGCGGAUCCUUUGGCUAAGGUAUACAGAGAGAUAGCUCUAUUGAAGAAACUGGAUCAUCCGAACGUCGUCAAGUUGGUCGAAGUACUCGACGACCCGGAUGAGGAUAAUCUUUACUUGGUAUUCGAGUUGGUACAGAAGGGAGAAGUUCUACAGAUACCAACAGACAAGCCGCUCGAUGAGGAUACAGCCAGGAAGAAUUUUCGGGACGUCGUUAUGGGUGUCGAAUAUCUACAUUAUCAACGAAUAGUACAUCGCGAUAUUAAACCGAGCAACCUUCUGGUGGAUAGCGAUGGACGCAUAAAGAUCGCCGAUUUGGGUGUUAGCGCGGAAUUAAGGACAUCCGGAGAAUUGUUAUCUGGACCAGCCGGUACACCGGCUUUCGCAGCACCGGAAACAACCACGCCCGAUGCUCAUUAUUCCGGAACGCCAUGCGACGUUUGGUCAAUGGGCGUGACACUUUAUUCCUUGGUUACCGGAAGAGUACCCUGGGACGGUGCGGGAAGUAUAAUAGGCGUUCAUGCUGCCAUACGUUCGGAACCUUUAAAAUUUCCAGAGAAUCCGAUCCUCUCGAAGGAUCUAAAGGAUCUCAUUGUAAGGAUGCUGACGAAGGAGCCAACCGAGAGAAUAUCAUUGCAAAGAUUAAAGGAACACGAUUGGUUAACCGAUACUGGAAAAGAUCCAUUGCCGAGCGAAGCGGACAAUUGUCGACUUCCGGUUACGGUUACCGACGAGGAAGUAGAAAGAGUCGUAACCAAAGUACCCAAACUGGACACAUUGAUUCUCAUUAAGAAAAUGCUCAAGCAGCAUAGUUUUCAAAAUCCUUUUCUACCGAAGAAAAUUAGUAAAACUUUAGGCAACGACGGUGACCCAGUGACGGAGCCUUCUCUACCUUUAGAAAGGACUACGGAAUCCUUGGUCCAACGUUCAGUUACACCGAGAAACAUCAAAACCGAGAGAUUUCAGAGAUCAGGUAGAAGUAAUUCGGCACCGGAUUCGUACGAUUGGCAGGCUAAUAACAGGCAAAUAUCAAUGGAGAGUCCUUUGCCCCCAGUGACGGAAGCGUCGAAUCAAGAAGCGGAAAUUGAGAGGCGGUGAUACGUUCGUCAGUAACACGCUCGAUAAUUAAUUAAAAGCAGCUGUGACGAAAUCGUAGACGAAUGUUCGUCUCGAUUGAACCAACGAAAAUCAUUCUUCCACGAAAGUCUUAUCGAUCUUUAUCGCUCGUUAUCUUUUGUUCUUUUUUUCUUUAUAUGAACAUGAGAUAAGAUAGGGAAAUAAUAAUAAUAUUAAUAUUAAUAUUAAUAAUAUAAAUAAAUAAAUAAAUAAAUAAAAGAAAGAAAGAAAGAAAGGAAAUGUGCUCAAGAACGAAUGAAUUCAUUCGCUUAAUUUGAUUCGAAAAAGAAAAAAGAAAAAUAAAUAAAUAAAUAAAUAAAUAAAUGAAACGGAUAGAUCUCGAUGAUCUCGAUUUGAUCGAUCGAUGAAUCAUUGAUCCAAUGGAUUCUUCCGUGUGCUUUCGUUCUUUCUUAAUAUAAUGAUAUAAUAUAAUUUACUUAAGCGCACGAACGAUAUUAUGAGUCAGCACGAAGGAUCCUCUGAUCGUCGUCGUCCUCGUUGAUUAAUUAAUUGAUUAAAUUAAUCGAUCGAAAAAUCAGAUAGACGAGUUUUCUUUUUUUUUUGCGAUAAUUAAUAUUCAGAAUCUAACGGAAUAACUAUCGCAAAUAAAGCUUGAUAAAAUUUGUGCCAAUAGUUGUGUAGAAUUCUGAGAAAUUCUGAUAUUAAAUAAUUCGUAAACGAGGCAACGAAUUUUUUCGACGUAAUCUCGGCAAGCAGCCUUUUAUAAUUUACAAUCGUAUUUCUUUGAUUUAAAUUAACGAAAGACAUAUCUCUUUGAUUUUCGUAACCAUAACUUUUGCUUCGAAUCGAGAUUUUUGGAUCGUUAGAUAUAUAGAUCAGUGCCAAAAGAAGAAAUAAAUUAGGUACGAAUAUUAUAACGAUGGGAAAUCAAACGGGAACGAAUUUUUCGUAUCUUAAACUUGAUUGGUGAAUUUAAAUUGUAGACGAAAAAAAUUAUUGGCACUGCUGUUAUUAUUAGUUUGGAUUUUCUUUCUCUCAUUUUUUUUUUCUUUUUUUUUUCUUUCUUUAUUUUUUACCUUAUAUUUUUCUUUAUAAGACGAGCGAGUAAUUAAAAGGUCCUCGGAAUAGGAAUUGUAAAACGGUAUAUAUAUAUAUAUAUAUAUAUAUAUAUAUAUAUAUAUAUAUAUAUUUGAAUUGAUUAGAAAAUAUUUAUUUCAACAAAUUUUUUACGCAAUCUUUUUAUUCAUUUUUUUCUUUCUUUUUUUUUUUCUUUUCUUUUAGAUCAAUUUUUUUUUUGUUUUCUUUCUUUUUCUUUUUGUCACCAUUGUUACUCCACAAUUAGUCCUGUUUGCCGGGAAACGUUAGAAUUUUAAUAUGUACGAAUGUUCGUGUAUAUUAAAAAAAAAAAAAAAAAAAAAAA